AUGGCGUCGUCUUCAUCUUCUUCGUCUGUAGGGCCAGAGAUCCCGUGGGUGGAGAAGUACCGGCCGACUAAGGUGGCGGAUAUCGUCGGCAACGAGGACGCCGUCGCCAGGCUCCAAGUCAUCGCCCGUGACGGGAACAUGCCCAACCUCAUUUUAUCAGGUCCUCCUGGGACUGGUAAGACUACCAGCAUAUUAGCUCUUGCUCAUGAACUUCUGGGACCAAAUUACAGAGAGGCGGUUUUAGAGCUAAAUGCAUCAGAUGAUAGGGGUAUUGAUGUUGUGAGAAACAAAAUAAAGAUGUUUGCUCAGAAGAAAGUUACUUUGCCUCCAGGAAGACACAAAAUAGUAAUUUUGGAUGAGGCUGACAGCAUGACAUCUGGAGCUCAACAAGCCUUGAGGAGGACUAUGGAAAUAUAUUCUAAUUCCACACGCUUUGGGCUCGCUUGUAACACUUCUUCGAAGAUUAUUGAGCCUAUUCAAAGUAGAUGUGCCCUUGUCCGGUUUGCUAGGUUAUCUGAUCAAGAGAUCCUUGGACGUCUCAUGGUAGUGGUUGCUGCAGAAAAUGUACCUUAUGUUCCUGAAGGACUUGAAGCAAUCAUCUUCACUGCUGAUGGAGAUAUGAGGCAAGCAUUGAAUAACUUGCAGGCCACAAACAGUGGAUUCGGGUUUGUGAAUCAAGAAAACGUCUUCAAGGUUUGUGAUCAACCCCAUCCCUUGCAUGUGAAAAACAUGGUGCGCCAAGUAAUUGAGGGAAAAUUUGACGACGCUUGUGCUGGAUUGAAGAAACUCUACGAUUUGGGCUAUUCACCUACAGAUAUAAUUACUACCCUUUUCCGUAUCAUAAAGAAUUACGAUAUGCCUGAGUAUUUGAAGUUGGAAUUCAUGAAGGAAACUGGAUUUGCCCACAUGAGGAUUUGUGAUGGAGUUGGUUCGUAUCUUCAGUUGUGUGGUUUGCUAGCAAAGCUUGGACUGGCGAGGGAAACAGCUAAAGCUGCUUGA